AUGGCGGCGCCGGCCGCCUCCGCACGCCCGGGUCUGCCCGCGCUGCCGCGGCGCAUGCAGGCCGUCGACCUCGGAGAAGAGGACGGUGGUGCGGCAUUGGCGGCGGCGUCUGUGCAGCCAAUCGCCAGUUCACGGCGGCCUGGCACCGCGGACGCCCGCAGGAAGGAAUUGCAGGAGGCGUUGGCCCGUGAGCGGGCCCAGCGCCAGCGCGCCUUGGAGGAGGCGGAGAUCCUGCGCGCGCACAUGCAGGAGCUGGAGUCCGAGAAGGAGGUGACCAUGAGGGCUCUCCGCGAGAGGUGGUUGAGCCUCGGUAUGAGCAACCACCUCGUGCUGGUGGGGGGCGGGUGCAGGCGAAUUCAGGUGGAAGCCACAUCCUCCGACAGCGGAAGGAAGGUGGCCACCCAGGUUGGCCACCACGGUGGGGCCUGCGACUCGCCCAUCCUGACGGGUGAUCAGCAGUAG